AACAAUUCAAAUCAAAGAGGCACAUCGAGAAAGAAGAUUUUGAACCGCCAAUUACUCUCACUGAGAAACAAUGUCAGAGUCGACGAUCGCUGAUCAGAGUUAUCUUUUUCUCAAUCGGAUUCAAGAUCGAAGGUUCGAUGAAGAGUCUCUUCGGAUCCUCGAGCUGUCUCUGGUCGCAACGAGUGCGAAAUCGUUUUCCGAUCUUAGAUCCGGUCUGAGAGAUUUAAUGAGAUCCGAAUCGUCUGUCGUAUUCGGCGAGCUCACCGGAGAAUCCGUCGUUGCGAAGCUCUCCGUACUUGAAUUCUUCGCUCGUGCGUUCGCUCUUAUCGGUGAUACAGAGAGUUGUUUAGCUAUGAAGUAUGAGGCAUUAACUUUAAGGGAGAUCAAGUCACGAAACUGUUUGUGGUUAAGAGUUUCACAUUCGGAGUGGAUCGACUUUGCAGUCCAGUCUAUGGAGCAUGGAUUCCCUUGCAUUGCAAGAAAGGCCUCUGAAAAUGCGCUGCUGGGCCUUAAGAGGGAUAGUCUGAUUGAACCAACAUCAGAAGAGUAUUCUGAGAAUUUGGAUGCUGCUGCUGCUGCUGAGAAUGUUAGGAGACUAAGGGAUUCAGCGGCGUCGUCAACAUCUUCACAUUCAGUUCAGGCACAAGGUGCAGAGUACUUGAGGAGCAAGGAACUCAGGAUACUAAGCAGACAGACUCGGCCCAUUAAAACUCCAGAGUGCACAGGUAGCAAUUUGUUCAGAGAAGGGAUCAAUAAGCGUAAUGAACGGAUGUUGCAACAGCUCCGUAGCACUCAGAUGAUUCGAGAUUUGGAACCACAUUCUCACUGUAUUUGAUGCAACUGGUGCUACAAAACUUCAAUGCCCUUUUGAUGCUUCCUGCGCCAUUCAAAUGCAGGUCAGGUUUUUCUUAUCAGAUAAUACUGAAGAUGGCAUUGUGUUCAGACAAGAACAUGUGAAGCUUAACCACAUUAAUGCGCUUUGAAUCAUUUUACCCAUUUUGCAUCUAACAUCAUGUUUCAGCAAAUCCAAAGUAAAAACAGGCGCGCUUGUUUUUUUCUCUUUUUAUAUUUUCAACCAAUACCAUUUGCUUCACGUCAUAAACAUGUACAUAAAUAUUUAUGUGCUUCCGUAGAUAUUUUGAAUACUUAUAUAUAUUAUUCAAA